UAUAAAGAAUGUAAAAUUAACUUGUUACAUCGAUAUAAUUGUUUGACGCUUAUUCCAUAUAAAAUUUCCGAUGUAGAAUUUUAUAUCAUUUAUUUCUCAUACUAUUUCUAAAUAAUCUCGUUAUAAAGUAAAUCCCGUGUCGGAUCGAAUAUCGAUCAUUAUACUGAUGAUGAUCCGCUAUACCUGGUACUCAACGAUCUUUGAGCUACGUGAUCGAGUCUUUGUGCGAUAGCUCGUUUGGAGUGCUUAUAAGAAGUGAUGUGUGAUUUGUGCUUAACUUAGCAGUGAUUUUUGCAACGGACGAACUAUCCGACAUUUCGACACGGAUUAAGGAUUACUUUCACAAACGAUGCCUUCUGGAUAAGCGUAUAUGGCCGAUGCGCGACUGGAAUGGCAGAAAAGUUGCGCGAGGCGGCUGCUCGCGGCGACGUUGCUCGAGUCACACGCUUGCUCGAUGAAAAUGUUAAACCGUUGCCUGAUGAGAAUGGCCGGGGGCCCCUGUUGCUGGCCGCGGCAGGUGGUCACGUGGAAGUGUGCGAGGCCCUUUUACUGCGGGGCGUCGACGUUAGUGCCGCAGACGACCAUGGAAACUCGGCGCUACACGAGGCAUCAUGGCGCGGUUACAGUCGAACCGUGGCGGUUCUGGCGAAGGCCCUUGGGACCCAGCGAGCCCCUCUGCACGCCAGGAAUCUCGCCGGAUUUGCACCGCUUCACCUCGCCUGUCAAAACGGCCAUAAUCAAAGCUGUCGAGAGCUCCUCCUAGCCGGCAGCAAUCCCGAUCUUCAGAAUAACUAUGGCGAUACGCCACUUCACACUUCGGCACGUUACGGCCACGCUGGUGUAACUCGUAUACUAAUCUCAGCCUUAUGUAGGGUAUCGGAUCAAAACAAAAACGGCGACACAGCCUUGCAUAUAGCCGCAGCGAUGGGUCGCCGGAAGUUGACGCGAAUCCUCCUGGAAGCCGGUUGCGACCGAAGUCUGCGAAACAAACAGGGCGAGACGGCAAAGGAUAUCGCUCGUCGUAAGAAUCACACUGAAAUUCUAGAGAUUAUCUCCAAGGCUCGCGGCAAAAGCCGAAUGCGAAGCAAGAGCCGCGAAGGAGACUUGGUAGACGGCAAGAUAGAAAACGAUAAGGCAGUGAACAAAAAGCGAGAGAAGACUGGAAGUGGCACGAGUGGUGGCGGAAGCAACUCGAAGAAAGACCGGAAGAAGCACAAAUCCAAUGGCAAGCAGCACAAGGUCCGCUUUGAAAAGGCCAUCAUGGGUCGACAGUGGUCGCCUUAUGGCUGUCAUUACUACCCGGAUCCGGAAGCGUUUCCUCAACCCCGUCUGGACUCUUUGCCAGCUGACCCUUUGGGACGAGGCGAACAGUAUUACUUGGAUCUGGCAGGUAACAUCAGAAAGGGUCCGGUGGGCGUGGGAUAUACGUGCUACUGUGCGCCAUUUUUCCGUCAUAUGGAAGCGAAGCUGGAACAGGACAAGGCCGAGCUGAAGGCGCACAUCGAUCAGGCUCACGAGAAGCUGGAUUUGAAGGUGGCCAAUUUGGAGAGGAGGACCAGGGGACAGAUUUCAGAAUUGACUCGAUGCGUUCAAGAGGAGCGGUCCAGGUGCGACGAGAGAUACUCACACUUUCAGCGAUACUUGCAGCGAGGUGGAAGAGGCAGAUACAGCGAGAGGCCGAUGAAAACCAACUAUAAUCAGUCGGAGACGGUGAUACCGGCUAGAACGAGAUCACUCGAGGAUCUGCUGGACGAUCGGCCGCAGGAUCGUAGUUUCGAAAUUCCCGGAGAAACGCCGAUCCAUCGCGGAAGUUUGGAUGAUCUUGAUAUACCGGCCAUACCUAGACUCAGCACAUCCAUGAGAGAUCUACCUUCGAGAUCUGGGACGGCUAGAUCGGCGCUUAGAGUGCUGGAUAUUCCUCCGAGAUUGAACGAAACUUUCGAUGGGGUCAUUAGGCAGGGUGGAAUCUCGCCCUUAAACGCUGCACCGACGGAAUCACCUUCUAUGGAAGGAAGAUGUCAGCAAAGGGAUUGCGCGUCGUAUGAUAUGCAUGGCAUGGCAGUGGAUAAUAAUAAUACUCGAAACAUCAGCGAUGGGAAUACGAUGGAAUGGAAUGGUGAUCGUCCACUAGGUAGUGUCCAUGAAAUAAUUAAGCGAUUUCAGCAAGUACCUGAUAUGCAUAAUGGUUGGCAAAGGAUUCGCUCUAGAAAUAACGAACAGGCUAAUCUGGAUGAAUAUAGCAAGUGUUCGCAAAAUCAGAGAGUGCAUUCUCAAGAUAACGACAGCGAAAGUAGUGAAGGAGAGGGCGACGACGUCGAACAACCCGAAGUAUACAAGGGCGCGAACUGUAGAAAAGGCAUUUCCGAAGACGUGCACUACGACAGCAUCGCGAGAAUGCCCUACAGAUCACGUAAUCCGGUGUACAGCCCGACACCGCCUCUCCACGACACCCAUAACGAUUCUGGGUACAGCACUCGCAUGUAUGGCUCCAGCAAAGGCGCAUCGCCUUCCUUAUCGGGUCAGCUAGAAUGCGAUGUGAUUUUACCACCUUCGACAGGGUCAUUCACAAACGGGGAACAACUCGCUGCUUUAUUGGAGCAGCCAAGAGGACACGAUCUAACAGUUUACGAGCGAAAUGCUGAUAAUGUUGUCAUUAACAUCGGUACUGCCAGUCUGGUUUAGCACAGUUAAAAUUAUAGCAACUGAAAAUAAAAUAAUUUUAGAAA